GCAGUGAAGCGUGUUGGCCAUUCGUGUAAGCGCUGUAGCCUUGGCUGUAGGCUUCUUUGGAGUGCGCGUUCGGUUGUCACAUUGCGUGGGCCAGAGAAGCCUGAACGCGAGUCUGUGAAGUGCAAUAGUCAUGGCUGGAACAAUUGUCGACGUUAUCAGCAAAGCGAACAGUGCGUUCGUCGACGAAAACUACGCAGAAGCGCUGAACCUUUACAACAAGGCAGUGGAAGAGGACCCCAGCAAUGGUGAAGUCUAUGUAAAAAGGUCACACGCCCAUUUUAAGCUUGGAAACUGGGAAGGAGCAGUCACUGAUGUGGACAAAGCUUUUGAGCAUGGGUGCAAAAAAAGUGCCAAGCUCCUCUUCAGGAAAGGACAAGCAUUGUUCCACUUGGACAAAUAUGACAAAGCAAAAGAAGCCCUGGAAGAAGGCUCGUUGCUUGACGGUGCCGACUCCGAGUUUGCUGUGUGGAUUGAAAAGUGCAAGGAAGAGAUCAAACUUCUUGAGAAAGCCAAGGAAACUGUUGUGGUUCCACCUGCACCUGCAAAAAUUCGCCACGAAUGGUACCAAACAGAGAGCCACGUCACAAUCACAAUACUGCUCAAGAACCAGAAACCAGAGGACAUAAAGACAGACUUCACAGACACAACGAUCUUUUUCAAGGCAAAGCUUCCUUCUGGAGAUGAUUAUGAGCUUUCUCUGAAGCUUGCACACCCCAUCAUUGCAGAGCAGACUACUUACAAAUGCUACUCCACAAAGAUCGAAAUCAAGGCUAAGAAGCGAGAAGGUAUCAAGUGGACAAGCUUAGAGUUCGACAGCAGUGCACCUGAUGUUCCUGCUCCCAUGAUGUUUUCUGUUCCGGAGGCCACAGGUAUUGAAAAGGUACCAUCAGUCUUCAAAACCAAGAACUGGGACAGCAUUGUCAAGGAGACUGAAAAUGAUAAAGAAGAGGGCGAUGCAGCACUGAAUGCCCUUUUUCAAAGAAUUUAUGCUGAAGGCUCCGAUGAAGUCAGAAGGGCCAUGAAUAAGUCAUUUGUGGAGUCCGGUGGAACAGUGCUGAGCACAAAUUGGGAAGAAAUCUCGAGCAAGACUACUCCAGUCAAGCCACCUGAUGGGAUGGAGUACCGCAAGUGGACGGAGUGAAUGUGCUACCACGGGCUGUGUUCUGUUGAGAUACGUUUUGUGCCAUUCAAAGGAGCUGCAAAAGCCCAUUGCUGUGAAGCUCAAGUAAUUUAAUGGUAUGGCUAAUGCGCACAUGUACCAUAGUUUAAUUGUGAAAGUUUCUGUUUGUGUGUCUUUUAACAUGAAUACUUCUAAUAAAAUGUUUUUCAGUUUAA